CGCGACAAUGGGUCUUCAGCUACGGCCUACAAUGGCACCUGCGACUGAUGCGGCUGGAGGGACACAUGGUGCCGACGCGAAUCCAUGGGAAGGGUUGGCAAGAAAACACUGGCUGGAGAAGGUGCCUACCAAAGCAAAGCCAGAGCUGAUCAAGACUGCCAUUUGGGAUCCUCUGGAACAAGAAGAUUUCACACUACGGUCGCUCGCAACACUGGAAAGCCUACAAAUCCUCGAAAGAUUCCUAUGGCCUACCUUUUCCGCCGAGUCCUCAAACCAUCACGUCCUUCUCAUUGCAGUUUUCUUCAAUGUUAAACAGAGAGCAAAUCUGCAAGACUGGACUCUGUUCGCAGAUCGACCUCAAGAUUUCUCGAGCUUGUUUCGUCGAAUACUGUCGCUAAACCUCGAUUCCUCCCUCCGCAUCUUCUCCCGCCUAUCAGUCCUCAAUUUUGUCAUUGGCGCAUUCCAAUCAUUGGAAAAUGAGCCUGUACGCAAGGAGUGCGCACCACUUGUUUCGAUCUCGACCUGGCACCAUCUACAUGAUGAAAGUGCGAGAGAAAGGCUGCUUGAAGCCAGCGCAGGCAGGAAAAAGGCAUGGAGAGCUGCCCAGCGACGGUUUGAGGCAGCAGACCAGGAGACUCAAGCUCGGUUGCGAUUCGAUCGAGCAUGGCUAUAUUCCAUGUCCAUUGACUUUUUUGCGCGGCUGAACGUGCCGAAGCUGGAAACCUCCCAAGAGAUGAUAUAUUGUGAACGAUUUGUCGAAUUCCUGAUCGAUCUGAUCAGUCAACUGCCGACCAGGCGAUACACGAAUCCGCUCCUGCAGGACCUCAACACCGUGGCCAUCAUUCGGACGUCGAAAGUGAUUGAAAGAGACGAUGCCGGACUCUUUCGCGAUCUGGUGAAUCUCUUUGACCACUUUCAAAGCUUCGCAGUCGACGAUAUGGGGGGCAGCGAAUCUGGGCACGAUGGUAUCCGUAAGUCGCACUACGAAGCGUUGGCUAGACUACAACGUGUCUCUUUCCAGAAAUUUGAGAAGAAACUCAAGGUUCUUGCCUUGUCAAAUUAUGGAUCCAUCGACAAACGCAGCGAGUUGGAAUCUCAUUUCUCUACGUUGCCAGACGCCGAAUUGCAAGAGUUGGGUGAGCAUCUCGGAUUUCGAACAUCCUAUCCAGCAUCAGCCGGGAUCACUGCAAGCAGAGCUGUGAUGCUUGAGACUCUUCUGUCAUCAUUCUCCAGACCCCGCGAUUUUCAGGAAGUCGUGACGAAAUUGUCGGUCUUGCCGACGUCGGAAUCGCUAUACGACGCGAAGCUGCUGAGAAACGAACACUAUGACGGUUUCCGGCCACUCGGGAUCCCCAAAUUGAAUCUCCAGUACCUGACGCUGAGCGACUUCAUGUGGCGGUCUUUCCAAUUGUACCAAGCUGAAGCAUUUUAUGGCAUCAGGAAGGACAUGGAAAGCAUCGUCAAGCGUAUGAAGCCAAAGGCAGGCAGAGAUCGAAGUAGCACAACAUUCGAAGGCUUCUCGAGGAUGGCUCUACCGGUCAGUCCACCUGCCAUCAUUGAGGUUGGCGCUCCCAAGGUUGGUGAGAUCACGCCCAGCUUUGUCCGUGCCGAGGUGAUUCUGGAUGUCAGCCGCCUCACAGACAAUAUUAGAAGAGAAUGGGAUAAUCUGAAGCCUCACGAUGUGGUAUUUCUGCUUGCGGUCCAAGCUCCUGACAAUUCCCGCCUCCUUAUGAACGGCCACAGUGCCGAGUCUGAGGGAGAGCAAAGAGUGUUUACGGAUCUGAGAGCAGCCGAGGUCUUCCAAGUAUUGGAUGAUAACGCAAGACCCUUGAGGGACCAGCAGAUGAACGGCCAUACCUCCAGACCACGAAGAAGACGUCUCUUGCUUGACUUGGACGCUGCCGCCUAUCUCGCAGACAAGGGCAAAGUUGCACGUGGUGGUAAAGACAUCAAUGCAUCUCUCAAUGUCAUUGCCAGGAGACAAGCUCGCGAGAACAACUUCAAGCCUGUUUUGGAGACUAUACAGAAGCUUGUGUCUUCCCAAACCUCACUCCCGUCAUGGCUACAAGAGGUCUAUCUGGGAUAUGGUGACCCGAGAAGUGCUUCAUACCAUUCUUUACCAAACCGGAUCGAGUCUCUUGAUUGUCUAGAUACGUUCCUAGAUUGGAAUCACCUCACCGAAAGCUUUCCUGGCAAGAUCGUCGAAGCCGUCUCCGAACAAUCCGCACCCCUCAGUCCUCCUUUUGUUCUCAAAGCGUCAACGCAAGACGUUGAAACAUUACCUACGAAUCCCAAAAAGCGAAGACGAGAUCAAAUGGAGCGAGAUUCAUCUACGAUCGUCGCUUCUACAUACAAGCCUCGCAAUACCGGCCCCUAUCCGACGGAUGUGCCCAAGAAGAACGCUAUUCGUUUCACGUCGAAACAAGUGGAGGCUAUAGUGUCCGGGACACAGCCUGGCCUCACUGUCAUUGUAGGACCACCAGGUACAGGCAAGACGGAUGUGGCCACCCAAACCAUCAACCUUCUGUACCACAACUUUCCCACAGAACGCAUUCUACUGGUCGCGCACAGCAAUCAAGCACUCAAUCAGCUUUUCCAGAAAAUCAUUGCUCUUGACAUUGACCCUCGGCAUCUCCUGCGAUUAGGGCACGGAGAGGAAGAAUUGGAGUCCGAAGCUUCUUACAGUAAAUAUGGUCGUGUCGAGUCAUUUUUAGAAAAUCGGCAGAUGUACCUGUCCGAGGUCAACAGAUUGGCAGCAUCAAUCGGCGCAGAGGGCGCACAUGGCAGCUCAUGCGAGACUGCUGACUAUUUCAACCAAGUCUUCAUAAAGCCUGCAUGGGCGCGUUUCUGGGACGCUGUUGAUGCCAACGGAGCAGAUGUUGCCGAUGUGCUGGCCGCUUUCCCUUUCUACAAUUACUUCAAGGAUGCUCCUGUUCCGGCAAUUUUCCCACCUGAUAUCACCCUUGAGGGAGUGCGUGAUAUUGCUUCUGGUUGUCAGUAUCAUAUUGACAAAAUAUUUUCGGAGCUCGAAUCCAUCAGACCCUUCGAAAUACUGCGAAACAACCGCGAUCAAGCCAAUCACCUAUUGGUGAAGGAAGCUCGCAUUAUUGCAAUGACCUCAACGCAUGCUGCUAUGCGGAGAUCGGAAAUUGCAGCCUUGGGCUUUCAUUACGAUACCCUUAUCAUGGAAGAAGCAGCUCAAAUCACUGAGAUUGAGUCAUUCAUUCCUUGUGCGAUGCAAGACCCUGAUGCGAAGUCCGGACAACUACCUCUCAAGCGUAUCAUGCUCGUUGGAGAUCAUUUGCAAAACUCUCCCAUCAUUCAAAACUUGGCUUUGCGACAGUAUGCCAAUUUCGAGCAAUCACUCUUCCUUCGCUUUGUCCGACUCGGUGUACCUACUAUUCAUUUGGACCAACAAGGUCGGUGCCGACCAUCAAUCGCUGAAUUGUUCAAGUGGCGGUACAACAAUCUCGGCAAUCUGUCCCAUCUCCUCACGGAGCCUGAUUUUGCCCGUGCCAACGCAGGCUUCAGGUACGACUACCAGUUCAUUGACGUCCCGGAUUACCAAGGGCAGGGAGAACGCGAGCCGACGCCUCAUUUUAUUCAGAACCUUGGCGAAGCCGAAUACGCCGUUGCAUUGUACCAGUACAUGAGAUUGCUGGGCUACCCUGCUCGAAACAUCUCGAUUCUGGCGACAUACGCUGGUCAGCGCGCUUUGAUCCGUGAUGUACUCGAUCACAGAUGCAAGAGCAAUAAGUUCUUCGGUUCCCCUCGCAUCGUGACCACGGUGGACAAAUACCAGGGCGAACAGAACGAUUAUGUGAUUGUGUCGAUGACUCGGACACGGUCUGUUGGGUAUUUGCGAGACAUUCGUCGGUUGACUGUUGCUCUUUCACGUGCGAGGUUGGGACUUUACAUUCUCGGACGCCGCGACCUUUUUGAGUCAUGCUUUGAAAUGAAACCUGCAAUGGAUUUAUUGUUGCAGAGGCCGGAUAAAUUGGUCUUGACCACUGGCGAGAUGUUUCCUACUGAGCGACUGCUGGAGGAUGAUGUGCCUGGCACGGAGAUGGACGGCGUGGAGCAUCUUGGACAAUAUGUCUAUGAGAUGACCCAGGCCAAAGUGAAGGCCAUGGGUGGCCAGAUCAUCGUGGAAAAUGCUGCGCGUGAUGAGGAUACUUACGCCGAUGGGGAUGCGGAGGAAGAUGUGAAUGAAGAGGACCCUCUUCACGAGGCAGUGUAGAUCAGGUAGAUUAGUGAUACCCAUGCUUGAAUUGACACGUCCGAC